AUGCCGUCUGGAAUGGGAAACGGCACCAAGCCGAUCCACAACAAGAAGCCCAAGAAGAAGGAGCACGAGGAUGACGAUGAGGACAAGGCUUUCAAGGCUAAGCAGAUGGCUGACAAGAAGGCCCUCCAGGAGAUGCAAGCCAAGGCUAAGGGCAAGGGCCCUCUGAACGCUGGUCAGCAGGGCAUCAAGAAAUCCGGCAAGAAAUAG